AAUAGCUAUGGGACUACCCUCCCGGAGAUAGAGCUAGAAUACGGAGCCCUACAGGGGUCCCCUAUCUCUUCUAUUGUCUUUAUACUUUAUUUCUCCCCUAGCCUAAAGCUUAAUAACCUUAACAUCUACUUUAGGUAUAUAAAUAAUAUUAGUAUUAUAGUAGUAGGGGCUAAUACUAAAGAAACUGCUUAG